GACCAACCUGGCAAUAAGCUAGCCCAGGCCUAUUUGCUGCUUUCCCAACCGUCGACGGGAAGUUGGGGGAAGCAACUCUGUUACAAACAUUACUGUUUACUAUGCCGGAAGCAAGAGAAAUUAGCGCCGACGUCUGCAUUUAGCAAAAAUAAGCCAUUAUUUGUUGAAAUAUUACCUUGAAAAUUGCUCUUUUUGCAAGAUCUGCAUUAGCAUCGAAUACGGCGAAUUGAACAUCAUACUAUUCUGAUGUUAAAAAUGAAACGAAGAAAGAGAGUGCGUGAGUCUGGGUCAGAUGAAAGUGAUCAGUCAGCAGAGAAUGAAAGUGACUCUGAGCGUAGAACACGGGUCACAAGGUCUGCAGCGUCCACUACAGCCACAGGUGGUUCACCAUUGAAAGAGUCACCGCCUGUGAAAAGGAGAAGAAUCAUCAGGGAGCCUGUACAGCUUGAAUCAGACUCAGAAGAUGCAGCAGAGUGUGGGGCCAGUAAAGGAGGUGUGAAAGGCAAGAGCUCAUAUAAGGGGAAAGUGAAACUCUCAGGAAAGAGAUCCACACAAGCAAAGGCAAAAGCUCCUGUCUUGUCGAAUGGAGAAUGCAAUGAGGAUGAAGACUCUGAAGAUGGUCAGUCUUUGGUGGGAUAUGCAGAACGGAGAGUGAUACCAAAAACAAAUUAUGAUGAAACAAGCGCACACUGCCCACUCCCAGGCUGUGAUUCCAAAGGACACUUAAGUGGACGUCAUGAAUCUCAUAGGACUCUCACAUCUUGCCCCCUCUUUCACAACACAACUGCAGAAGAAUGCAAACGUCGCUUUGAGAACAGACUGAAACAUGUAGAAGAGAGGAAAAAGGUGGUUGCUGAGCUAAAGGAUCGUAGAGGCUUAAGGCAUCAGGUCUUGAGUGAAGCUCAAAAGGAGAAACACGACAGAAUUAUAAAAGCCCGUAGCAAAAAACCUGAAAUUACUGAUGAGCUGAAAGAAAAGCACAGAAAGCACAAAGAAGAAUAUGGCAACACAAGGCAGCCUCUUGUCACUGGACUAACAUCGGAUUACGACUAUGAGCUCUUCAAGGAGGCUCAGUCCAGGGCAUGUGAAUUACUGAAAGGAUUGGGAAUGUAUUCCUUUUCCUUAUGCCAACAGGAGCAUCAGCUUACUCAGCAUUUUGCCAAGUCAGAUCUCCAAGAGUACCGCAUCAAGAAACUGGAGAUUGGUCGCUUUGAGAUCAACACCUGGUAUUCUUCACCAUAUCCAGAGGAGUAUGCAAGGUUGCCCAAAAUCUAUCUAUGUGAGUUCUGCUUGAAGUACAUGAGGACAGCUACCAUUCUUCGAAGGCACAUGGCAAAAUGCCUAUGGCGCCAUCCCCCAGGAGAUGAAAUCUACAGAAAAGGGGCCAUUUCUUUUUUUGAAGUCGAUGGGAAAAAAAAUAAGGUUUACUGUCAGAAUCUGUGUCUCCUUGCCAAGUUGUUUCUGGAUCACAAAACCUUGUACUUUGAUGUCGAGCCCUUUUUGUUCUAUGUGAUGACAGAGAAUGACAGCUGUGGGUGUCAUAUCGUGGGUUACUUCUCUAAGGAGAAGAACUCUUUCUUAAACUACAAUGUAUCCUGCAUUCUGACGUUGCCACAGUACAUGAGACAGGGCUUUGGAAAGAUGUUAAUAGACUUCAGUUAUUUGUUGAGCAAGAAGGAAGAUAAAGUGGGUUCCCCUGAGCGACCCUUGUCAGAUCUGGGUUUACUAUCCUACAGAAGUUAUUGGAAAGAUGUCCUACUAGAAUAUCUGCACAAAUAUAAGGGUCAGGAAAUAUGUAUUAAAGAUGUUAGUCAAGAAACUGCAAUCAACGCGAAUGAUAUUGUUAGCACACUCCAAGCAUUGGGAAUGCUGAAGUACUGGAAAGGAAAGCAUCUGGUUCUGAAAAAACAGGAGCUGAUCGAUGAGUUUUUGGAAAAGAAAGCCAGCCGUUCUCCUGACCUGGCAAACAAGGUCAUUGACCCAACGUGUCUGAAGUGGAUACCGCAAGGGAAGAGGGGGUCUCCAUAGGGAAAGUUGGCUGGUCUUAAAGCAAUACUUGUUGGCUGAAGAAACAAAAGAGAAAAUGGAGAAGCAGAGGAAACUAUUUUCAAUAAGAAUGAAGGAACUCUACGGAAAGGAAUUACAAAAUUGUCAUGUCUCUUUGUGUUGGUAUGUUAUAGUUAAGGAAUUUAGGCAGCUUCUUUUAAUGACAUCUCCAAUUAGUGACUUGAGUCCUGCUUGGUGAAGUAUCUCACAAUAAUGUCGAUUUUUGUAGGGUUUCAAUAGGGUUUUUAUAUGCUUUUGUUAAAGCGCUCAGUUGUUCUGUCAGUCCCAAAUAAUAGAAAUGUUUUUUAUUUUUAGUACUGAGACCAUAACACUGUCAUCAUGUUUUAUAUCAAGUCACGAAAUCUGGUUUGAAAUAUUCUCGUGUGGUCUUGUUCAUCUGACGUACAAUUUUUCCUCAUUGUGAUUUGUUCAGGCCAUUUCCCAUUCCAUUCCUUUACUUUAAGUCUUGUUUUGCAUCUUGUAAUUUCUGCUGUUUGUUAUUUUUAUGUCAAAUUUCGAUUUGUUUUACAUUGUCAGCAUUCAGUUUUCUUUCUUUUGAAAGUAAUUUUCAUGCAGAUUUUCCCACUUUUCUUAAGUGAAACCAUGACAUUUCACUGUAACAGCAUUUGAUAAUGCAGUGAAUUGUCAUCUAUGCCAAAACCCAAAGCUGGAAGUGAAUGCAAUUAUAGAUUGUGUGAAGUACUGCUUUAAAAUAAAAUUUCACAAGCUCAUCAGGAAGUUGAAAUUUGGACAAGAACAGAUUGAUAGCAUAAAUUUUGCUGGUUCAAUCGGCUAAAUAGUCAGCAACCUUGAUCUUGUCAGAAAAUGUGGCCAGAGGGUGUUUAAGAAGUAAGGAAAAAAUGUAUCUGGUUUGCAUCACAGAAACAGCUUUACUUUAUCUUGAUGUCUUGGCAAGAUUUUGUUCAGUGACUUAUUGUCUUGGUUUCCCCUUCUAGUGUAGCCAUACCCUAAGUGAUAAGGUCAACAAUGUUGUAGAACUCAGUGACUGGUUUCAUAUCUGUGGGUAAUAGGUAUAUGAUAUUUUAUAUAUCUAGCUACUUUGGUGUCUCUUGUGUUGACUGUAGGUCAGUCUGUUUCAUGUCAUAUUCCGGAGGAUAUUUUCUGCCUAGGUAUGUGAUGCACUGCAGAUGUAAAGCCUUAGAAGUUGUGGGGCUGCUCUUAUAGGGUCCCUUCCUGCUGCUUCUUUUCAGUGUUACCUAUGUCUUUGUUCCUUGUGAGAUGUAGGAGGUUGUCCUGCUCACUUGUUAUAUAAAGCCAUCUGUCAACAACAACAUGUUAAGUACUCUUCAACAGUGGUGGGUAAAGUGCAAAUACAAUAUAUAUGGGCCCUGUGGCUACAACGCACUCGAUUGCAGCUUUGACCAAUACAUAUAAAAGCUCAUACCUGCUCGGGGGUGAAGGAUUCUUUUCGUUUCUGGAAGAUAUCCUCCCUCUGUUGGCCUUUUAAUGCCAAAUGAUAGGGGAGGGAGCGGGAGGAAGGGGGAAGAGAAAUUGCUGUCAAACUUUGGCUAUUUUCCCUGUAGGUAAUUACAGAUUCAUCGUUGUAGUGUAAUGUUUUCUGAGGGUGUGUUUUCCUGUCUGUAAUUGACACUUUUGUACCUUGAGAUACAGAGAAAAGGAGGCAUGAAGAUGUUAAUUACAUUUUACUGUAAUGCAUAUAUAGAUCACUGCAUCGUUUGACUGAAGAAAUGGGUUUUAAGUACUUCUCUUCGACUUAUGUGAAUAACUUUCUUUUGUAAUAAUAUACCUUUGUUGUCGUACUGUGUAUCUUUUUUUAUUUCUAUAUGAUUUAUUGCCUUAGAAAUGGUUUGAAACAGCACAUUGUGAGGAGGAAAAAGCACAAAGAACAAGUUGGCAUUUAUUCUUCAAUGGUCACCUUUCACUUGUAUAUAUUGUUUUUUUUCUUAUUUUGAGGUCAUUUUAUUGUAUGGCAAGGUUUAUUUGUGGCUGGGGAAGGGAGCUGAUUCGUCAGUAUUUGUCUAUUGAUGUACAGGAGUACAAUUUGAAGCCCCCCUCACUCUCUUUCUCCUUUUUUCCUUUCUAUUGUUUCUUUUCACUCAUGACCUGCAUUGUAUUGCAUUAUAAUGUUAGUUAUUUAAGCAUGGUUUGUCACCAAUUUUAUUUUUUUUCAACAUGGCAUCAGUUGUCUCAGUCUCAGUCACACAAAUGAAAUAAAUACUUUUCAAAAUUGAG